AUGGGAGGUGAGGAUGGCAAGGGUGAGGAUGGCAAGGGUGAGGAUGGGAAGGGUGAGGAUGGCAAGGGUGAGGAUGGGAAGGGUGAGGAUGGGAAGGGUGAGGAUGGGAAGGGUGAGGAUGGCAAGGGUGAGGAUGGCAAGGGUGAGGAUGGCAAGGGUGAGGAUGGCAAGGGUGAGGAUGGCAAGGGUGAGGAUGGCAAGGGUGAGGAUGGCAAGGGUGAGGAUGGCAAGGGUGAGGAUGGCAAGGGUGAGGAUGGGAAGGGUGAGGAUGGGAAGGGUGAGGAUGGGAAGGGUGAGGAUGGGAAGGGUGAGGAUGGGAAGGGUGAGGAUGGGAAGGGUGAGGAUGAGAAGGGUGAGGAUGGGAAGGGUGAGGAUGGGAAGGGUGAGGAUGGGAAGGGUGAGGAUGGGAAGGGUGAGGAUGGGAAGGGUGAGGAUGGGAAGGGUGAGGAUGGGAAGGGUGAGGAGGAUGGGAAGGGUGAGGAUGGGAAGGGUGAGGAUGGGAAGGGUGAGGAUGGGAAGGGUGAGGAUGGGAAGGGUGAGGAUGGGAAGGGUGAGGAUGGGAAGGGUGAGGAUGGGAAGGGUGAGGAUGGGAAGGGUGAGGAUGGGAAGGGUGAGGAUGGGAAGGGUGAGGAUGGGAAGGGUGAGGAUGGGAAGGGUGAGGAUGGGAAGGGUGAGGAUGGGAAGGGUGAGGAUGGGAAGGGUGAGGAUGGGAAGGGUGAGGAUGGGAAGGGUGAGGAUGGGAAGGGUGAGGAUGGGAAGGGUGAGGAUGGGAAGGGUGAGGAUGGGAAGGGUGAGGAUGGGAAGGGUGAGGAUGGGAAGGGUGAGGAUGGGAAGGGUGAGGAUGGGAAGGGUGAGGAUGGGAAGGGUGAGGAUGGGAAGGGUGAGGAUGGGAAGGGUGAGGAUGGGAAGGGUGAGGAUGGGAAGGGUGAGGAUGGGAAGGGUGAGGAUGGGAAGGGUGAGGAUGGGAAGGGUAUGGUAAGGGUGAGGAUGGGAAGGGUGAGGAUGGGAAGGGUGAGGAUGGGAAGGGUGAGGAUGGGAAGGGUGAGGAUGGGAGGGUGA